CAUCAUUAGUAAAUACCACAUACACAUCCAUGAUUGACAAGUUAAAAAUGGAAUUGAGUGAUUGCGAAUUUUUUUGCACUACAGCAGAUGUGUGGUCAACUAAGCACAGAAGUUUUUUUGGCUAUACAUGUCAUUGGCUAGAUGACUCUCUCCAAAUAAAAUCUAUUGCUUUGGCAUGUAAGAGAUUUUUCGGAUCACACACAUUCGACCGUAUACAUGAUGCAAUAAUUGAAAUUCAUACUACUUACGGUCUCACACUAAAUAAAAUUGUUGCAACCGUUACUGAUAAUGGGUCAAAUUUCGUCAAAGCAUUUAAGGAAUUUGGUGUUAAUACACCUUUAAUGUUCCUCGACGCUAAUGGCAAUAACGACGUUGAAGAUUUAGAAGAGAUGCAAUUGGAAGACUUGUCCACCAAUUUUGGCGGAAAUACAUUGCCGCGACAUAUAAGAUGUGCCACUCACACCCUAAAUUUACUGGCUACUACUGAUGUGUUGAGAAUUUUGAAGACUGAUACCUCAUAUGAUAAACAUAACAAUGUAAUGAAAAAAUGCUCUGAUAUUUGGAACAAAAUAAACAGGCCGAAGACUUCUGAGAUCAUUGUUUCGGUGCUAGGCUCCCAAUUGCAAUAUCCCGUCGUAACGAGAUGGAAUUCCUUAUAUGAUUCCAUUAAAGGUUUAAUUUCUCACAAAGAAAAACUAAGCACUUUGUGUGAAAAGCUCGAAUUGACGAAGUUUCACGAGAGCGAUAUAAGGUAUUUGGAGGAGUAUUUGCAAUUGCUGCAACCAAUCGCAGAUGCUAUCCAGUUUUUGCAAAAAGACAACGGGAUGGUGUAUGGCUUUCUGUUACCUACGCUGGCAACAAUUAGAUCAAAAUAUAGGAAAAUGCAACUAACUCAGGCCAUGCAUUAUCUUCAGCGAGUAGCGAAUCUUUUGGAAGCAGACUUGGAAAAAAGGUUCCAUAAAUAUUUUUGUUUGGAGGAGGUUAAUGAUGCCAUUGUUGCCUCAGCGUUAUGUCCUGAGGUAAAACUGAGAUGGGUUCGAUCCCUAAAUCCAGAAUUCACAAACGAAAAAGUUGCCGAGGUCAAUGAGUUGGUGAAGAGCAUUGUGGUGAGCGAAUUCAAUACAGAUACGGAGCGAGUCGAUAAUAGUGAAGAAACAAAUAGUCAAUUUUUCGACUUUUCUUUUAUAGAUGAGUCUACACAACAACUUGAACUAUCGCAAUCGUCUAUUGAAGGCGAGUUUAUAGCCUAUAUGGUUGAUAAGUCUCCGAAUAUAAUCAUCUUACACCGCUAUCCUACUAUUAAAAGGGCGUACAUUAAAUACAACGCACCUCUGCCUACCUCAGCCCCCGUAGAGAGACUAUUUUCGUUUGCCUCCUUACUUAAUGCACCACGUCGAGGACAUCUAUCAGAUGACUCAUUCGAAAAGCUGUUGCUUUUAAAAGUUAAUAAUUCACUAUAA